AUGUUAUAGGGAUUUUGUUUGGUUUCGAUGUAUCAGCCUAACUUGACUUUAAGCUUAAAGAUUUAAAAAUUAGUAUUGCUAAUAUAUUAUUGUCAAAUAUUAACACUAGCUUUUCCAUUAGAUGGAUGGAAUCUUUGGACUUAUAAAGAUGGUGCUUUUAGAAUUGCAAAAAACUUGUUAAACAUGAUAUUAAUAUUUCCUUAUGUAAUUGAAGUAAAAUCAUCAACAUUGAUCAAUGUGUUGAUAAUACUAUUCUCUAUAUUUAACAUUUUCAUGUUAUUAGCAAUAUUUUUGAUUGCAAAAUUUAAGAACAAACUUUCUUUUAUGCUUACUAUUACAUAUUGGUAUUUAGUAUUUGUUCCAAAAUUAUUUUUUAUCCCUUAAUUGUUUGUAUUUAUAGGAUCUUUGUCUUUUAGUUAAAGAGCUUUAUUAUAUUCAAACUUUUAAUUUAAUGCACUUUUACCAGUGUGUGCGAUAGGUUUAUUAAUACUAGCAUUUUUUUGUUUUUUUAGUAGCUAUUUUAUUAGAAGCAUAAGAUUGUAAUAGGAUAAUGGUUUGAUAUAAAAGUUUAGUUAGUUAGCUUUUAUUGAAUAAUGUCUCAAUAUUAUAAUUACUUGUUUGUAUUUUUUAAAUAGAAGUACAUUUACUAAUGUAGUUUAAUUAUUAAUGAUGCAUCUCUAUUAUUUAUCUUAAUUUAUAAAUACAUUUUAUGUAGGAAGUUUUCCUCCUCAUUUAUCUAAAAUUAGUUUAAUUAUAAUCACAUCAUGUGAAAGCCUUUUAAUAGUAUUAACAAUAAAUAUAUUAUCAAAGAACCACCUUAUAUCAGAAAACCAAAUCUUAAUAUUAUGGUUAGUUUUCAUGACAUUUUCCAUUUCAAUACUUUCAAUAUUAAGCGAAAGAAAAUAAAUUAAGCUACUUUUCAAAUAAUAAAAUAUUUUUGAACUGCAAGAAUUUGUUUAAUAUUUAUAUUAUUUGAUGCCUAAUCUUAGUCAUAAUGAUUUUAAGAUUUAGAAUCAAUUUAUUUUUUGUAUUUUUAUUCAAAAUCAUUUGUAAUAAUGUAUUAAUUGCUCAAAAAUAAGGUAAAGUAAAAAUAAGGUGAACUCUAAAUUUUUAUUUACAAAUAUUUUAUAUUGUAUAAUCAAGGAACACCUUGGAGCUUUAAAAAUGAGUAAGUCUGAAUAUGAAUAAUUUGAGAUAUAUUAUACAGAUUUUUUAAAUUAAAUAAAAAAACAGCCACUUUUAUCUUUUGUAGAAUUAAAAGUUUAUUAAUUACAAAAUUUGCAAACAUCUAUUUUUUUCAAAUACACUAUUCCUUACUUUUUUGAGGCUCUUUAACAAAUUAUACUAGAUACUAAACUUUAAUUACAUUCCAAUCAUCAUAAUUUUGAAGAAAAUUGUCUUGAAAUUAAAGACAUAAUAUAAUCAUAUUCAAUUGAAGAUUAAAUAUUACCUAAGAUAAUUGAGCUUAUCGAUCUAAAGAUAGGUAUUUGGAAUGAAUAGAUAAAUGGUUUAGAAAAUAUUUAUGAUUUAGAAUAGUUAAUAAUAAAUUAUUCAAGUAAAAUUUUAAUUUGUUAAGAUGCCUUGUAAGAAAAAUUGUAAAUAAAUUUAAUGAAUUUAAAUUAAAUAUAGAAAGCUCGAAAUGUUAUAGAAUUAAGAAUUGCAUCUAUAUUUCAUCUAAUAAUUUUAAAUGAUUAUUAUAGUUCUUUGUAAUGUGAAUAAUAAAUAUCUGAGAUAUUAGCAAUGGAGAAUUCUCUUCCAAAUGAUGUGAUUAGUAAUAUUGAUAUCCUUUAAGAUAAUUUAUGUUUAAUCAUGAUAAGUAUGGUUAAAAAUAGAGGGUUUAUUAAAAAUAAUAAAAAAUAAUAAAUAGCCAACUACUUUGGAUUAGAUGUCAAAGAAGUAGAAAGUGUAAAUCAUAUUAAUUUAUUCAUUCCUAAAUUUAUUGCUGAUAUUCAUGAAUUAUUUUUGUAGUCUUAUUUAGAAACAGCUCAAUCUCCAUUAUUUAAUUAAUAUUAAAUUGUAUUUAGUAAACAAAAAAAUGAAUUUGUAUAAGCAUAAUAAUUGAAAUUAGAAAAUAACUUUGAUUUUAUUGAUGAUUAUGUAGUUACUGGAUGUUUAUCUAAAGUAAAAUAAACAUCAGAAUUUAUACUAUUUGAUGAAAAUGGCAAGAUUCUUUCAGUUACUUAAGGAUUUUAUACAGAUAUUAUUUAAUAAUCAUUUUAAGAAGAUUUGAAUGCUUAAACAAUUAAUUAAUCUUACAUAUUUUUAUUUUUUACAAACAUCUUCUCAAUUCUAGAAUAAUAAAAAGAUAAUAUAAAUUUAUCUGAAUUUCUUCAAGUAGAAUUAAUGACAACAAUUACAAUUUUCGAAAACUUAUCAAAGAUAAUUCAAUUUUUUAAUGACAAUAAAAUUGCAACAUAAAGUUCUAUUGCAUAUUCAUUAAGAAAAAGUAUGUAAAAAACUGCAAUUCUUUCUAAUUCAAAGACUUAUACAACUAAAAAAUAAUAAAAAGAAAAUUUAUAGACAGGAAGAUAUUAUCUAAAUAAUAGUUUGAAAUUGUCUGAUGACAUCUAAUUAUUAUGUCCUAGUUUUAGAUCUUAAGUUUUAGAAUUUAUGUAACAAUAUAAUGUAUUUAUUAUCUUUUACAUUGUUUUAGAAAUUUUAGUCAGUACAAUAUAUUACAAAAAUAUCUUUGUAAUAUAGAACUAUAGGAAAGAAAUCUUCAUCUAGAUCAUAUUUUGUUAUAGAAAUUUUGGAUUUUAGGAAAAAAGGUGCAUAUGCUGCCUCUUCUGUUAUUUCAAAAUAAUACGAUAGUAUUUAAAAUAAUAAAAGUAUUUAUGUAUUUAAGUAAUUAGAUAUAAGUAGUGUAUUAACUGAUAUUACAACAAGUGAAAGAAUAGUUCAAAAAGAUGAAUUAAAGGCAAAUGUAUGAUUUGUAAUUAUUUAGGAAAUAAUUGGAAGUCCUUUUAAUCAUUUAUUAAAUGAUAGAGAAUAGUUAUUUGGUGUAUUAAAUUAAUCUUUUUAAGAGAGUUAAAGUUUUGGUCCUUUAUCUUAAAGAGCAAAUUUUAUAUCCCCUAGAUAACACUAACUGGAUGAUGAAUUAAGGAAAUUAGAAAUAGAGUUAUAAGAUAUUAGAAUCAGUUUUAAUGGUGGUGCAUCAAUAUAAUAAUAUGGAGGGGAUGAAAAAGAAUAUGAUGAUUAUAACAAUGAAUCGAAGUCAAAUUAACCAUAAAAGUCAAGCAGUUAAAAAAACUAAGAAAAUAGUUAUAAGAUGUUAAGAUUAUUAACUAAUUAUAAAGAUAAAGGAAUUAAGGAGAGGGAUGAUCAUCAAUCAUAUUCUAGUAAAACUUCAGGAACUUCAAAAUCAUAAUAUAUUUCAAUAAUAAAAAAUUUUUAACAUUCGAAAAAUAUGAUCACAAGUCUAAAAAUAAUUUUAGUUUUAACAUUAAUUUUAUUCUUUUGCUCUUUAGCUAUUAUUAUAAUUAAUACUUAAGUUAUUAAAUCACAAAUUAUGCAAUUGAUAGAUAGUAGUUAUUCUCUUAAUGCUCCUUUACUAUUUAAUAGGUAUUUUUUUUAAAGUUAUGCUUUGUCAUGGACAUUAUUAAUGAAUGGUCUAUAAAUUGUAAAACAAAGUGAUUUUUUAAUUAACUAAACAUUUAUUAGUUUAAAACAUUUGGGAAAUGAAACUUUCGGAAAUUUAGGCAUUAUGUAUCCUAAAUAUAUAGAGAUUGAAAAUAUGGGAUUAUUACCUAAUAUUAGCAUAUAAUUGCUUGGAUUACCUAGGAAAACAGUUUCUUACACAGAAUUUAUAAAUAAUAUAUAAAAUACACUUUAAUAUUUUUUUUAGAUAAAAUAUUUUUCAAGCGAAGCCAUGGAUUAAGUUUUAGAUAUAAAUUAUGUUAAUUCUGUUGUUACACUUAGAUAUAAUUUAAAAUAUGUAUUUGAUAUGAAUAAAGAAUUAAUUUAAUCAUUAGAUAUUUUGAGUUAUAACAUGAUUAAAGAUGGAGCAAUUUAAUUAUAAUCUCUUACAAUAGCAGAAAUUUGUUUAAUUUUUGCUAUACAUUUUAUUUCAUUAUUUUUUUGGAGAAAGGUUGAGAAUUAAAAAUAAUAAAUUUUAUUAAUUAAUGGUCGCCUUUAAGAGAAUGCUGUUAAUGAAUUGAUAUAUAAACAUAUCAACAUAAAAACUAUAUUACAAAUAACAGAUUAAAAAAAAAAUAAUUGGAAGAAAUAAUAAAUUUGCAUGAUAUUCUAAUAAGUAUAGAAUAAUUAAGAAGCUAAAUAGCAGUAUUUAGAAUCAAGAUUUAUUUAGUUAAAUAAAUCUAAAAUUGACUAAAAUAAAAAAAAAGGAUAAGUAGGUAUGCUAAAUUCAAGAAUUAGAAAUACAUCCUAUUCUAUUAAAAAAUAUAUUUUUUUUUAUAUGGCAAUCUUUUUGAUAUUAGCAAGUUUUUUAAUGGGAGGCUUUUUGUAUUAAAGUUCUUUAAUGUUAAAACUAUUACCUUAAUAAUAAUUGACUCUCAAUUUUGUUAGAUUUUCAUCUUACUUUGAUACUUUAAUAACAACAGCUUUAGUAAUAAAAACUUAACCUUAAGUUUAUCCUGGAAUAGUAUCUCAUAAAAUUUAUACUUAAGCUUAAAUGAAUAAAUAUAGAGAUCCAUUAAAAUAAUUAUUCUACAUGUUUUUAGAUGUAUAUGAAGUUUAUGAUUAAAAUUUAACUGAAAUCUAUGAAGGAAUUUUAUUUUCAGAAGAUAUAGAUGAUUAAAAAAAAGAGAUUUUAUUAGGUUUAUAUGAAAGUGAUAUUUGUCAAAUUAUCAAAUAAUAGAUCCCAUUUUGUUAAUAUGAUUCUUUAGGUGAGUCUAAUUUUGUUUAAAAAUAUUCUUAAUACUAGUCUUAAGAUAAUAAUAGAAAUUACUUAUAAAAUGGACUUGUUGGGAUUACAAGUAGUGUUAGUUAUUUUAUAAAAACAAAUUAUGAUUAUGAAAUUACAAGUAUUACUUAUGUUACAGAUUUUAAUGAACUUAAUAAAUUAUAUAAAACUUAAGAAUUUAGUAAUAUAAUCAUAGAACAUUUUAGCUCAACAAUAAAAAGUACAGAAUAGAUUUUAGAUAUUAUUUUGGAAACGAAUGAAAUAAUUUUAAAUGAAUACUUAAAGCUUAUUUCUAUGUAUUAUGGAUUAAUAGGUAGUGGAUUAUUGAUUCUAUUUGUAUUUUUUUUUUAUAGGUUGUUGGAUUAGACUGAUGAUAAUUUUAUUAAUUUAAGAUUAGGAUUAACGUUAGUUCCAAUAGAAGUUAUAACAGAUCAAUACAAUAUUUAAUUAAUAAAAUAAAUAAAUUGA